AUGCUACUGCUGAAACAUGGAAGAAUUGAAAUCUUAGAUCAAAACACUAUGUAUGGAUGGUAUGAACUGCCUAAACAAGAAUUCUUGAACGGCGAACAACCAGAGCCUAUUACUCACUACAUCCAAAAAUUUCCAUUAAUGAAACAUGUAAAUCCAUUGGAAAAUCAAAAAUACGCAUGUCCGAUGAAAUGGUUGUUGCUAUCUGUUCCAAUAACGAAUCAUUGGUUUAACUGA